AUGAAUCGUCCGUCCUUCAGGCCGCGGCCGGUGGACAUCAAUAAGAAGCUCGCGAUCGUCCGAUCGACGGACGAGCUGAACGCAGAGGACGAGGGCGUAUCGAGGACCGUCCAUCAUGGCCACAUCGCUCUCGAUGCCGAAAAUGAGCAGGUCCAGACUAUCCUGCCGGCACCUUCCAAGAAGGGACCGUCCGUGGAGAUCCCGACACCUCACUGCGGCGUGGUCGAAGCGUACGACAAGCUCUACCCGGCGAACUUUCGCCAACCGUCGUCGUACAUUCGCAGCAAGCACGUGCGGCAGGACGACGGCGUGUACGUGGAGUAUGAUCUGGAUGACGAGGAUGAGGACUGGCUGGAGGUGCUCAACCAGAACAGAUUGCUGCUCGCCGCAGACAGGCUGGAGUGGAUGAUAUACCAGAUGGAGCUCCUGGAUGCGCGGGCGAGGGCCAAGGCGGGGACGGCCAUGCUGGCAGGCGCGGAGCAGGCGGGUGUAUCUGGGCAGGUGUCAUCUGGGGGAGUGCGAGUGCCCGUCCUGCUGCAGCAGCAACAAGCCAUUGAUGCGUUGAGAGCGCAGGUACCAAGGCAGGCCAUCAUCGCUGCAGUGUACGACUACUGGCGGUCUAAGAGGGAGCGGUGGGGGAAACCCAUUCUGAGGCGCCUGCAGCCUUCGCCUGCCAUCACGGACACCAACCCAUUCAACGUUUUCCGACCGAGAGAGAGGGCUCACCGGCCCAACACACGGCGGAUGCAGCGGAGGGAGAAUGACAUGGCAUCGUAUGAGAAGCUCGUGCGGGUCCAGAAGAACAUUGAAGAUGCCUUGCAACUGGCACAGGCUGUUGAGAGAAGGGAGGAGAGGAAGCGUGAGCUAAUCAACUGUGAAGUGGCUUUGCAACAAGCAGCGCUCUCAGAGCGGGACAUCACGGUGCAGCAAGCAGAGGCCCUUGGGAUCAUCCCAGACCUCUCCUCCUCGAUCCCCAAGCCUUUCCCUGGAGCCACAUCAGACGACCAGUACCACCAGCAGCAGCAGCAAUACCAGCUCGUACCACCUGCUGCCGGCUCUGCCACCACCACCGGCACCAUCACCGGCGCCCCUGCUUUUGUCACUCUAGGCGGCCUCCCUCCCGCGAAUCACUUUGACAAUAUCCUCUCGGUCACACGACGCCGGGGUUCCGUCGGAGCUGCAGGGAUCGCAGCAUCAGGACCCGGAUCAGCAGUGGCGGGGCUGUGGACGACACCCGGAGCAGCAGCAGGAGCAGCAGGAGGAGCAGGAGGCUGGGCUGGGUGGUUACCAGACACGCCGACUGUAACCUCCGGGCCGGUAACCGAUGCAGUGUCGCCUCUAGACCAUCUUCUCCCGUUGCUGAAGAAAAAGAGGCGCCGGCAGGUGGUGUUUCCGCGAGGAGGCAGGCUCAGUCGCGUGCUUCGUAGCACCCCUCCCCCCGACAUCCCCAUGCCAUUCACCCGCUCUCUGUCCCUCGAGCAGCUUGCUGCCAUGCAUAUUCAGCCGCCUCUGCUCUCCCACCGCCCCCCUCCGGUGUGCCUCUGGGAUUCUCCUGAUUCCUUCUGUCUUCCUCCGUUGGGUUUAUCUGGGUUGGGAGGGAGGGGGGUGGUGGGGGAGAGAGGGGUGUUAGGGGGGAGAGGGGCGGUGGGGGUGAGAGAGGAGGGUGUGGAGUUGAGGGUGCGGGGGAGGAUAGGCAGAGGGGGGAGGCUGAUAUUCGAUCGCUGGGAUGUGAUGGAAGGGCGGCCGCUUGUGGCGCCUGCACCUGCUGUCACUGCCAUGCCUGCUGUCACUGCCAUGCCUGCUGUCACUGCCGCGCCUGCUGCUGCGGCUUCAGCUGUGCCUAUUGCCAUGCGAGAUGCAGGCGAGACUGGUCUGAUUCUGAAUGGUUCUAUGAGGAGGAAUUCAACUGCCAGUGCUCCUGCUAGGGACGUUGCUCCUCCUACAGCAACAACAGCAGGAAAUGCAGAUGCGUCUGUAGCUGUAUCAGCAGCAGGAGGUGAUGCUGCUCCUACUCCUGCUCCUACUCCUGCUCCUGCUCCUACUCCUGCUCCUACUCCUGCUCCUGCUCCUACUCCUGCUCCUGCUCCUGCUGUCCAUGCCUCUCCUGCUGUCCAUGCCUCUCCUGCUGUUCAUGCCUCUGCACCAAUCAGCAACCCUGUUCCUUCCACUGCCCCACCCUUGAUUCCUCAAUCAAAAUCCACUGCGUCGUCUGCAUCCACUGCUGCACCUGCUCGCACUUGUUUCAACACCGGUCCUGCAACCACUGCUGCUCCCGCUGCUGUGGCUCCUGCUGACACUGCUGCCACCUCCCAAGCUCCAGCAGACACCAACCACCCAAGUACCUCAGCACGUGCUGCUCUUCCGCAUGCACAUGCCCCUGCCCCUGCCACUUCCCCUGUUCCUACCUCUGCCCCUGCUGCUGCUGCUGCUGCUGCUGCUGUGCCUGGAACCUCUAGGCCCAUGGCAAACGCCAAUGCUGCAGGUAUAGGGCUGAAGCCUGGGCCCAACACUAGUGGUGCUAAUGGUAUAGGUUCAAGGCCUUCAAGCAGUAAAACUGUUUUUCGGGUUGGCUCGUCUCAAGUUGCAGCUGAUAGUAAUGCAGCGGGUGUUGGAGGAGCAAGGGGUGGAGUGGGUGCCGGAGGAGUGCAGAGCGGUGUGAGGGGUGUGGGAGGAGUAAGAGGUGGAGAGGGGGGUGUAGGAGUUGCAAGGGGUGGGGUGGGUGCAGGAGGGGUUAGGGAUGGUGGUGCUGGCUCAAAGGCUCCAUUUCCGGGGGUGCCAGGUGUGGCUUCACCUUACAUGGCACCGAAGCAGCGAUCUCAUGCGCAGCGGGUGGAUAAAAAUGGAAUAGACAGGCAAAAGGAGGUGGUAGUUAGGGAUAGUUGUAGGCGAGGGGCGAUUAGGGGAGGGGAAAGCAGAGGAGGGGCGGAAAGAAGGGUGGGAGCGGGAGAGGAGGGAGGAGCGAGCAGAGGCGGGAAGGGCAGAGAAGGGUUGGGAAGAGAAGGGCGCGUGGGAGGGGAAUCAGCAGAGCGGGAUUAUAGAAGCAGUGGCACGUUUAAGUCACCUGGAGGGCACACAGGGCGUGACUGUGAUAGCAGCAACAGGGAUGGGAGAAGGCGCGGAGAUGAGAGAGAAGGGGGCAGUUUGAGAGAGGUGGGCUAUGAUGAGGAAGGUAGGAGGAGACAUAUGUUUGAAGAAAAGCGGUUUGGAGAAAGGGGGUUUAAAGAGAAGCGGUUUGGCGAAAGGGGGUUUGAAGAGAAGCGGUUUGGCGAAAGCAGCAGAGGGCACAAGGAGGAGAGGAGUCAGGGUGGGGUUAGGGGUGUGUUGUCGCCGCAGGAAAGGAUUUUUGAGGCGCCUCAAAAACCGCAGGAGAGCAAUCUGGGAGGGUCAUCUGGGCGGCAGUAUGAUGGGAGGAGGGGAGAAGAGAGAAGGGAAUGGAGGGUGGAGGAGCAGGAUCGGUGGAAGCUUGGAGAUGAAAGGGUGGAUGUGAGAAGGGAGAAGGGGGGGGGGGAAGAGAAGGGGAGUGAGGAGGGUGUGGGAGGAGAGAGGGGAAGGGAGGAGGCCGGGGGUAAAGAGAGGGGAAGAGUGGAUGGUGGAGGAAAAGAAAUGGGAAAUGAGGAGGGUGGGGGAAGAGAGAGAGGAAGAGAGGAAGGCAGCAGGCUUAUGCAUGGUCGAGAUAGUGGAAAACUGAGGGGACGUUCGUUGGAGGACGAGGAAAGGGGGCGUUCUUUGGAAGGAGAAGAGAGGGGAGGGGAUGGAGAUGGGGAGAGGAGGAGGGCUCGAGACGAGGGAGAGAGGGAAGAGAGAACAGCAGGUAGAACCUCCAGAGGCAGCGAAGGGGAAAGGAGGCCCUUUGCUUCAUUCCAAGAGGGGGACAGGAGGCCGUUCCAGUCACCUCAGGAGGCGGAAAGGAGGACUUUUCAGCCACCUCAAGAGGGGGAGCGGAAGAGGUACCAGUCACCUGAAGAGGGGGAUAGGAGGUCGGGAAGGGCGUGGAACCCUGGAGAGACAGGGGGAGGUGGGGUGUUUCAAAAAGGGCAAUGGGUGGGGCGGGAAGAGGGGAGGGGGGAUAGGGAGGCGGGGGUGGGAGGAGGCUCAGGAGGGCAUUAUGCAGGGAGGGAGGACAGGUGGAGGAUUAGGGAAAUGGAGGAGUGGGGCUAUGGUGGUGGUGGUGGUAGAAGCAGGGGAUUCGGACAGGGUAGGGGUGACGGGGGUCGUGAUGGGGGUGGUAGAUGGAUGGACAGGAGAGGGGGUCGGGGAGGGCGUGGGUGGGGAGAGCGAGGGGGAGGGAGGUUUGAGGGUCCUUCUUGCACUGCUUUCCCUCAUAGUGCCAUGGCGCUAGGUGUGUCUCGUGAUGCUGCCAUGCCUAGUGGCCUUCAAGACAGGAGCACGGCUGCAGGGGGGGAGAGGGGAGGGGCAGAGAGGAGUGGAGCAGAGAGGGGAGGGACGGCUAGUAACCCGAUUUCUAAGAGUGAACCGACGUGGGAAGACAAUUCGUUUGAAGGCACCACGACCUUUCUCGAUGCUCCUCCUGGGUUCGGCCCUCCUGCUUUCAUCGCAGCUGCUUAUAAGAGGGCGUCAGGUGGAGAGGCCACACCAGAGGCAGGCGCUGGGAAGCUAGUGGGAGCAGCAGCAGGUGGUGCAAGUGAGAGAGGAGAGAAAGUGCAUGCAGCUAAGGUGUGUGCAGCAGAGGAAGGGGGAGCACAGAUGAGAAUAGAGAUGCAAGGAGGGGCAGGUGGAGAGGCAGGAGCAGGGAUGGGAGGAGCGAUGGGUGCAGGGGCGGGAGGAGAGGGGUAUGCGGUGGGGAUGGGUGCGGAGGAGUGUGAUGCGUGGUGCCUUCUGGAUGAGGCGCUGGGGGCAACAAGUGGGCCUUUUCCCUUCAGUCAUGUUCAGCAGCAGUUUGCAACAGGGUGA